ACUCUAUCCCUUCGCUCCCAGUAAUAAAAAAAAAAAGAAUUUUUUUUUCCAGUACACUCUUCUCCUUCUACGAUCCCCAAAUUGAAAAAAGAAAAUAAAAAUUUAGGGUUUUCAAAUUACCAUCAAUCAACCAUGUCUUUGAGACCAAGCACGAGAACCGAUGUUCGCCGGAACCGAUACAAAGUCGCCGUCGACGCCGAUGAAGGUCGGCGGAGAAGAGAGGACAAUAUGGUUGAGAUCCGAAAGAACAAGCGUGAAGAGAGUUUACAAAAGAAGCGACGCGAAGGUCUCCUGGCACAACAGUUCCCUGCCGCUGUUCUCUCUUCUUCUAAUAUGGAAAAGAAGUUAGAGAGUUUGCCUUCGAUGGUGUCUGGUGUUUGGUCUGAUGAUAGUAAUUUGCAGCUGGAAGCAACUACUCAGUUUCGAAAACUACUUUCCAUUGAGAGGAGCCCUCCCAUAGAGGAAGUUAUACAAGCUGGGGUUGUUCCAAGAUUUGUCGAGCUUCUUGUUAGGGAGGAUUUCCCUCAGCUUCAGUUUGAGGCUGCUUGGGCUCUCACAAAUAUUGCCUCUGGAACUUCAGAGAACACAAAGGUGGUAAUUGAUCAUGGUGCAGUUCCGAUAUUUGUCAAGCUUCUAGGUUCUCCCAGUGAUGAUGUUAGGGAGCAGGCUGUGUGGGCAUUGGGAAAUGUUGCUGGUGACUCCCCUAAGUGCCGUGAUCUUGUGCUCAGCCAUGGAGCGUUGAUUCCUCUCCUGGCACAGUUGAAUGAGCACGCAAAGCUUUCAAUGCUGAGGAAUGCUACAUGGACACUGUCAAACUUCUGCAGGGGCAAGCCACAGCCUCUGUUUGAGAAGGUGAGACCAGCCCUUCCUGCACUUGAACGUCUUGUUCAUUCAACUGAUGAAGAAGUCCUAACUGAUGCUUGUUGGGCACUCUCUUAUCUUUCUGAUGGUACAAAUGACAAAAUCCAAGCUGUUAUUGAGGCAGGGGUCUGUCCUCGACUUGUGGAGCUCCUCCUCCAUCCUUCUCCUUCAGUGCUUGUUCCCGCCCUUCGUACAGUUGGAAAUAUUGUGACUGGGGAUGAUAUGCAGACCCAGUGCAUAAUUAAUACUGGUGCACUUCCAUGCCUCCUAAGCCUGUUGACUCAUAACCAUAAAAAGAGCAUCAAGAAAGAAGCUUGCUGGACUAUCUCAAACAUUACCGCAGGAAACAAGGAACAGAUUCAGGCAGUUAUUGAGGCUGGUUUAAUUGGCCCGCUUGUUAAUUUACUUCAAAAUGCGGAGUUUGACAUAAAGAAAGAAGCCGCUUGGGCAGUUUCUAAUGCUACUUCUGGUGGUACUCAUGAGCAAAUUAAGUUUUUGGUCAGUCAGGGAUGUAUUAAACCAUUGUGUGAUCUUCUUGUAUGCCCUGAUCCGAGGAUUGUAACAGUAUGUCUAGAAGGAUUAGAGAAUAUUCUGAAGGUUGGGGAAGCUGAAAAGAAUUUGGGGAACAGUGGAGAUGUUAAUUUCUAUGCCCAGAUGAUAGAUGAUGCUGAGGGACUAGAAAAGAUUGAAAAUCUACAGAGUCAUGACAACAAUGAGAUCUAUGAGAAGGCAGUCAAGAUUCUCGAGACGUAUUGGUUGGAAGAAGAUGAUGAGGCUUUGCCUUCAGGUGAUGGUGCCCAGCAAGGAUUUCACUUUGGUGAGAACAAUGUUCAAGUUCCAUCUGGUGGAUUCAACUUUUAGCUGAAGGAUCUGUAGUUUGGAAUGGUGAACCCAAUUCAUGAUUUGGGUGACAAAUAUUUUGAGGUCAAGUUGGGUCCCGUCGCAGCACCUUGUGUCUGUUUACAGUCUGCUCUAGAGUCUGGUCAAAGAGGUGCAUAGCAACAGGUCAGUCUAUACUACAGCGUCCAAUAAGAGCAGGGUUGGGAAGGUACAGUAGCAACAAUGUUACCUGGUCAGCCAUGCUUGAUAUUUUUGCCUUCAACUAUGGAGCAGCAUGGAGAGUGUUACGAAGUCCAUUGUUGCAUGAGCAAGCGUCCCUGAUCACUGAAUGGGUGCGCGAUGGUGGGGGUUUUCUUUCACGAGGAUUGAAGUCCUUUUUUAUGCUCGAGUCAUAUUGUACUUAUAUUUUUUAUAGUCUAUUUGUUUCUUUGAGUGGGUGAAUAUGGUAUUUUGAUAAAACCUCAUUUUCCUUGUGUAUUUGAAGGAAAAAAUGAAUUAGCAGUUUUUUUUU